AUGAGCUCUCUGAGCUGGGCUGGGCUAGGUGCCCUGCUCCUGCUGCUGCUGCUCCCGGGCUGGGCCAGCCCCACCUUUGUCCGUGUUAACCAAGGGGUCAGGGUGAUGAAGGGCAGUUCUGCCUUCCUGUCUCAAGAUGACCUGAAGUUCACCAUCCCCAAAGAGAAAGAUGCCUGCAAAGUGGAAGUUGUGAUGAAUGAGCCAAUAACCCAGAGGGUUGGGAAACUCACUCCACAGGUCUUUGACUGCCAUUUCCUUCCCAAUGAAGUAAAAUAUACUCAUAACGGUUGCCCAAUUCUCGAUGAAGACAGAGUGAAGCUUAGACUUUACAGGUUUACUGAGACAGACACCUUCACGGAAACCUUUAUCCUGCGGGUCUACCUCCUGGAACCAGACUGUAACAUCAUCCGCAUGAGUGAUAAUGCACUGGAGGUGUCUGAGUUCUAUGGCCUGUCCCGAGUCAUUGAUAAGAACCUGCUCAGAUUUGAUUACGAGAGGAUGGCCAGCCUGGAAUGCACAGUCAGACUGGACCCUGUGGGAACUCAGCUGCCAGCCCACGGCCAGCUGGUUCUGGUGGAGCCCCAGCUGGAAGAACCUCGUGGAGAUCAGCCACAUAAUUUCUUUCCUGAGUCUCAAUUGGGAACAGAGCUGAAGUGUCCAGGGGGCAGGUGUACCCUGGGACUGAAGAAAGUUGGAAGUCUCAAAGUGAGCUGUGAGGAGUUCCUGCUGAUGGGGCUUCGAUACCAGCACCUGACUUCCCCUUCUCCCAAUAUUGAUUACAUCUCCAUUCAGCUGGACCUCACAGAUAGCAGGAGUAAAAUCAUAUACAAGUCAGAGCGCGCGUGGCUGCCUGUCUAUAUCAGACCUGGAAUUCCUAAUCAGAUUCCAAGAGCUGCAUUCAUGGCCAUGUUUAUUCUGGAAGUGGAUCAGUUCAUCCUGACCUCAUUGACUACAUCGGUUCUGGACUGUGAAGAAGAUGAGACCCCCAAACCCUUGCUGGUAUUCAACAUUACUAAAGCCCCGCUCCAGGGCUAUGUGACUCACCUGUGGGAUCACACCAGACCAGUGUCCUCCUUCACCUGGAAGGAUCUAAGAGAUAUGCAGAUUGCCUAUCAGCCUCCAAACAGCAGCCAUUCUGAGAGGAGACUUUAUGAGGUGGAGUUAGAGGUCCAUGACUUCUUCUUUGAGAAGAGUGCACCUAUUACAGUCCAUAUAUCCAUCAGACCAGCAGAUACAAAUGCCCCGCGAGUGUCCUGGAACACAGGUCUGAACCUCCUGGAGGGACAGUCUAGGGCCAUCACAUGGGAACAGUUUCAGAUUGUGGACAAUGAUGAUAUUCAUGCUGUCCAGGUAGUCACCGUGGACGGCCUGCAGCGCGGACGGCUUACUCUGAGAGGGGGGAAGGGGUUUCUCUUCACCGUGGCUGACCUUCAGGCUGGAGUCGUUCGAUAUCAUCAUGAUGACAGUGACUCCACCAAAGACUUUGUGGUCUUCAGGAUAUUUGACAGGCAACACAGCAUCCAACAUAAGUUUCCCAUCAACAUCUUGCCGAAAGAUGACAGUCCGCCAUUCCUCAUAACAAAUGUUGUGAUUGAACUGGAGGAGGGGCAGACCAUACUAAUCCAGGGCUCCAUGCUGAGAGCUUCAGACACGGACUCCAGUGAUGACUACAUCUUCUUUAAUGUCACGAAACCCCCACAAGCUGGAGCGAUCAUGAAGAAACCAGCGCCAGGGCUGAUGGGCUAUCCAGUCCCUGGCUUCAUUCAGAGGGAUCUAUUCAAUGGCAUCAUUUACUAUCGUCACUUUGGUGGAGAAAUCUUUGAAGAUUCAUUCGAAUUUGUCCUGUGGGACAGCCACGAACCUCCAAAUCUCUCAGUGCCACAGGUGGUGACAAUCCAUAUCACUCCUGUAGAUGACCAGCUUCCAAAAGAGGCUCCUGGAGUUUCUCGGCAUUUAGUUGUCAAGGAAACGGAGGUGGCCUACAUCACUAAGAAACAUCUACAUUUUAUAGAUACAGAAUCACAUGAACGGGAGCUGCUCUACACAAUAACCACUCCUCCAUUUUUCUCCUCCAGCCACAGACACUUAGAUGCUGGGAAAUUAUUCAUGGUGGACAGCAUACCAAGGCUAACCAAGACUCCUGCAGCUCCAGGGUUAAAAUAUUUUACUCAGCAUGCUGUGAACCAUAUGAAAGUGGCCUAUAUGCCACCCAUGCAAGAUGUGGGUCCCCAUCCAAGACACGUCCAGUUUGCCUUUUCUGUCAGUAACCAGCACGGUGGGACGCUAUAUGGGAUCUGCUUUAACAUCACGAUUCUUCCGGUGGACAAUCAGGCCCCAAAGGUGUUGACCAAACCUCUGAGAGUGGCUGAGGGAGGUCAGUAUGUCAUCAGCACAGAGCAUGUCCUGGUUUCUGACGAGGACACCAAACUGGACAACAUCCACCUCUCCUUGCAGAGUCCGCCUCAGCAUGGAAUGGUGGAGCUAAAUGGAUUCCCUCUAAACCCGGGGACUACGUUUUCCUGGGGAGACCUCCAGGCCUUAAAACUUAGAUAUCAGCAUGAUGGAUCCGAGGAACUUCAGGAUGACAUAGUCCUGCAGGUCACAGAUGGCACAAAUGCAGCUGAAUAUGUUCUAUACAUUGAGGUGUUCCCUGUAAAUGAUGAGGCACCCGUGCUAAAGGCGGACCUCAUUCCCAUGAUGCGUUGCGCCGAGGGUGAAGAGGUGGUCAUCACUUCUGAAUACAUUUUUGCUACUGAUGUGGACAGCGAUGAUUUGAAGCUGAUGUUCAUGAUUGUUGGAGAACCUCAGCAUGGGACUGUGAGGCGAGCUGGGGUCACAGUACAUCAAUUCUCUCAGGAAGAUGUUGUUGCAGGGGCUGUGACGUACAAACACACAGGUGGUGAGAUUGGCCUGAUGCCUUGUUUUGACACCAUUGCAUUGGUGGUUUCGGACAGAGAAGCUGGUCCUUUUGUGAAUGGCUGCUGUUACAAUGGACCUCAUCCAUCUGUUCCUCUUCAUGAAUCCUUUCCAGUGUAUGAUCUCAACAUCACAGUGUAUCCAGUGGACAACCAACCGCCUUCAAUUGCAAUAGGUACCAUAUUCAUUGUAGAUGAGGGUUUCUCAGCAGCCCUUACCGUUAACCAUUUAUCUGCCGCUGACCCUGACACUGCAGCAGACGACUUGGAGUUUGUUUUGGUUUCUCCUCCCCAGUUUGGCUACCUUGAAAACACACUCCCUUCUGCAGGUUUUGAAAAGAGCAAUAUGGGCAUCAGCAUAGCUUCGUUUCAGUGGAAAGACAUGAAGGCUUUACAUAUUAACUACGUGCAGUCCAGGCAUCUGGGGAUGGAACCAACAGCUGACAAAUUUAUGUUGUAUGUCACCGAUGGGAAGCGACGCUCCAUGGAGAUACCAUUUUACAUUAUAAUCAAUGCUACAAAUGAUGAAGCUCCUGAUUUUAUAGUGCAGAAUAUUACUGUGUGUGAGGGUCAGAUGAGAGAGCUGGAUUCUUCCAUCAUCAGUGUUACUGACCGGGACAUUCCCAAGAACCCCUUGCUGUUCAGUAUCGCUCACAAACCACGUCAUGGCCUCCUCAUCAAUAGGGCAUUUAGCAGAAACUUUUUUCAAUAUAAGCAAUCAGCCAGCCCUGACCAGAAGUAUGAACUUGUCUACAACUUUUCCAUGGAACUUCUCAAGAAUGGAAUGAGGUUGAUGUACAUGCAUGAUGAUUCAGAGACUCUUGCUGAUGACUUUACAAUCCAGGUGUCAGAUGGGAAACAUAAAAUACUUAAAACCAUUUUUGUAGAGGUCACCCCAGUUAAUGAUGAAAAACCAAUGCUGAGCAAGAAGGCUGAAAUUACAAUGAACAUGGGUGAAACUCGUAUUAUUUCUAGUGCUGUUCUCUCAGCCAUAGAUGAAGACUCACCCAGGGAGAAGAUUUACUAUUUAUUUGAAAGACUUCCCCAAAAUGGGCAACUUCAACUUAAGAUAGGGAGGGACUGGGUCCGUCUGUACCCUGGCAUGAAAUGCACUCAGGAAGAAGUGGAUUUGAACUUGCUGAGAUAUACACACACCGGGGCCAUGGACUCCAAGAACCAAGACAGCUUCACCUUCCACCUCUGGGAUGGUGACCAUAGGUCACCGGCCUUUGACUGUGACAUCACCAUCAAGGAUAUGGGGAAAGGUGAUAUUGUCAUCCUGGCAAAACCACUUGUGGUGUCUAAAGGUGACAGAGGUUUCCUGACGACCACCACUCUCCUUGCUGUGGAUGGAACAGACAAGCCUGAGGAACUUCUCUACGUUAUCACCUCCCCACCGCAAUUUGGCCAGGUUGAGUACGUCCGCUAUCCUGGGGUCCCCAUUACAAGCUUCAGCCAAAUGGAUAUAGCAGGACAGACAGUCUGCUAUGUAGAUAAGAGCACGACAGCUGUCCACAGAGACACGUUCAGAUUCAUCGUCAGCAAUGGACUUCAGACCAAGCCUGGGGUUUUUGAGAUCACACUGGAGACUGUGGACACAGCCUUACCCGUGGUGACCAGGAACAAGGGGUUGAGACUGGUUGAAGGGGCCACGGGCCUGCUCUCCCCUGACCUCCUGCAGCUGACUGACCCUGACACUCCAGCCAAGAAGCUCACCUUUCUUCUGGCCCAGCUCCCACGGCAUGGCCAGCUCUACGUGCGGGGGAUGGCGCUGAUCCCACACAAUUUCACUCAGCUGGACGUGGACAGCGGGCAUGUGGCCUAUCGGCACUUAGGAGGGGAUUCUCGGACUGACCACUUCACUUUUAUGGCCUCAGAUGGGACAAACAAUGGCUUUCUUGUGGAUGGGAGAGUGUGGCAAGAACCUGUAUCAUUCACCAUCCAGGUGGACCAGUUGGACAAAGCGGCCCCCGGCAUCACACACUUGCAUUCCCCUUCUCAAGUAGGGCUCCUGAAAAAUGGUUGUUACGGGAUUUACAUCACUUCCCGCGUGUUGAAGGCAUCAGACCCCGACACUGAUGACAAUCAGAUCAUCUUUAAGAUUUUACGAGGCCCCCAGCAUGGGCAUCUGGAGAAUUCAAUAACAGGUGAAUUUAUCCAUGAGAAAUUUAGCCAAAAGGACUUAAAUAGUAAGACCAUUCUUUACAUCAUAAACCCAUCUUUGGAAGUAAAUUCAGAUACCAUAGAAUUUCAAGUCAUGGAUCCCACAGGGAACUCUGCCACUCCUCAAAGUUUGGAACUGAAGUGGUCUCAUAUUGAAUGGUCGCGGGCUGAAUAUGAGGUCUGUGAGAAUAUGGGCAUGUUGCCCUUGGAAAUUACCAGAAGGGGAUAUUCCAUGGACUCAGCCUUUGUGAGUGUACAGGUCAACCAAGUGUCAGCUACACUUGGAAAGGAUUUCACCAUGACUCCAUCGAAGCUGGUUCAGUUUGACCCAGGAAUGUCAACUAAGAUGUGGAAUAUAGCAAUUACCUAUGACGGAUUAGAGGAAGAUGAUGAGGUCUUUGAAGUAAUUCUGAACUCCCCUGUGAAUGCGGUUCUUGGCACGAAGACAAAAACUGCAGUGAAAAUUUUGGACUCAAAAGGAGGGCAGUGCCAUCCUUCAUAUGCCUUCAAUCCAAACAUGCCCCGUGCGUGGGAGAAGGGCAUUUGGCACCUGCUCUCCCCAGGGGCUUCCUCACCCACCACUUCUGGUUCCUUUCAUCUGGAAAGAAGACCCCUUCCAGCUUCCAAGCAGCUAGCAGUCACCAGGGGUGACGCCCUGCGGGACUUUGGUUCUGAAGAUCUUUCUUCAGUGAAGCUUAGGACCGGAGGGGAUGGCAAAACAGUGUCUGCAUCCUCUGUUUAUAGAAAUAGAACAGACAGCAUCUAUAACUAUCAUGGGAUGAUUUCCCUGAAACUGGAGGAUGACAGCUCCCCAGCUCACAGACGGAAGGCCAGCGUAUCCAUUAUUAGUGAGCCCCAAAAGGCAACCAAAGUGACAGAACCGCCUCGAGCCGAUAAGGAGGAAUCCACAACCGGCUCACACUUCCCCAGACAGGACCCAUUGCCCUCAUUCCCAAAGAACUGCACACUGGAAUUAAAGGGACUCUUCCACUUUGAAGAAAGCCUCCAAAAACUGUACAAGUGCGAUGGAAUUGCCUGGAGAUCCUGGAGCCCCCACACCAAGGCAGUGGAAGACAAAUCCUGCCCAGCUGGGUGGCACCGUCAUUCGGGCUAUUGCCACUCCUUGAUCACAGAGCAGAAAGGCACAUGGACUACAGCUGCCCAAGCUUGCAGGGAACAUCACCAGGGCAGCCUUGUAACUGUCAUCUCCAGGCAGCACAUGCGAUGGCUUUGGGACAUCAGCGGAAGAAAGCCCUUUUGGAUAGGCAAGUAUUGGUGUUUGAAUGACCAAGUGCGUGCUGGCCACUGGGAGUGGAUUGGCGGUGAACCUGUGACCUUCACCAACUGGAGGAGAGGGCCCCCGCAACGUUCAAAGCGUGGCAAAGACUGUGUUUUGGUUCAAAGGCCAGGAAAAUGGCACAUAAAGGAGUGUAGGAAGGGAAAAUCUCACAAUUAUGUGUGCUCCAGGAAACUCUAA